AUGGCGACCGAUGUGUUGCGCGCGCACAACAUCCUGAUGCCGGUGCCGCAGAGGAUCCGGGCCGCGGCGGCGGCGCACCGGAGGUCUGCUGGUAGCGGCAACCACCACCCUGGCGCCUCCACGAGGAGGUCGCCGCCAGCUGGGACAUCGUCUCCUGCGGCGGGCCGGAGACACCACGGCAGGAAGGCGAGGCCUACGGCGGAGGUGUACGCCGGGCCGGCGUUCUCGACGUCCCCCGACCCGAGCUCGCUGCCGCUACCGCAGUUCUCCGCUAGAAAGGCUGUAGCUGUGGCCGCCGUCGACGCCGCCGCUGCCGCGACGCGCGACCUCAGGCUUAUCCUUCGGCUGGAGUAG